AUGUUUGAAGCAACCGAUCAUUUUGCAAAGGGGACAGGGAAAAUGAUGCACGAAGUUGUAUUACUACGAGCACGAGUUGAAGUACUAGAAGAGGCAAACACAGCUAUAAGCAAGCGUCAACGCUGGGAUGCGCCAACCAAGAAGAAGCCAUAUCACUGGGCCUUUUUCCUGCAGACCAGCACUACUUCGAAUGUUGGACAUGCAUUUCAGCUUCGCGGGAUGCCUGGGGCUUUUUAUUACUCUGGUGAAGAGGCUGUGGACGUCUCAAAGUCUGGCAGUAAGAACGGGCAACUUGAAGUCGGCUCCGUCCCAGUGGAGAAAUAUGAACGCUUCAAGCAGCUCUUGAGAGCGGUACCGAUUGACAAUGUCGAGUCUUCGGGGUGGAAUUGUCAGAACUGGAGCCUCGCAGCCUUGGAUUGGCUUCGAGCAGAAGGUUUCAUUGCCGAAGAGUACCCCAACAACGUGAUUCAGUACUGGCUCCGAGAGGACCAGUAG